CAUUAUUGUCAGGAACGUGUCGCUUUUCAAAACUAAGUGCAGUAACCGGCGUGGAGAUGUUUACGGAGAUAAACACAGUAACAUAAAUGGAUAAAUAAUAAGAAUAUAAGCUCCUAAAAAUUAAUAGGGCUCAAAUGGAUGGUAAAAUGAUUGGACCUGGACCUUAUAGGGCGACGAAAUUGUGGAAUGAGACCAUCAGGCUCUUCCGUGGUGGAAUGCCAGUCAGACGUCACUGGGCUCAUUUCAGGAGUUAUGACCACAGUUUCACAGGAGCCGAGGCCGUCGACUUCCUCCACGAGCUGCUCAGACAAAACCAGAACUUCGGACCAGAGGUGACGCGCUACCAAACACUCCAGUUACUUCGGAAAUUCCUCAAAAACCAUGUCAUUGAGGAUGUCAAAGGAAGAUUUGGUAAAGAGGACUUUGAGGACAGUGGACAUCUAUACAGAUUUCCCCCACAAUCCCCUCUGAAGCCCGUUCCUGUGCGUCCACCGGUAAGAGAUCACAGCUCAGUACCCAGAAUCCCACACUGGGAUGACUUUGAGGAGAUAUCAGUGCCGGAGAAGAUCCCAGUGAAGCCUCUCAUGAAUUCCGAGUCGUGGAACAAGAGGCACAGCAUCGCCAUCGGUGAGGUUCCUGAAUGCCGUUUAAUCCGGAGGAGAGAAUUAACCCCGAAACACGUGGACCAGAUAUGGAAGUCAAUGACACUAACACAUUUACAGACUGUUUUAGGUCUCAGGUCCCUGGACGGGGUUUUAGAUGCCAAACUUCUGAGCCCCAAGCACAUCGUUCACAAUGUCUUUGGUGUUAAUAAGCAGGGGAUUGUUGUGCUUAAGAACAAAGCAGAGGACUUGCCUCAUUGGGUGUUAUCUGCAAUGAAAUGCCUGGCAAACUGGCCCAAUGGGAAUGACAUCAGGCAGCCCAUGUAUCCAGGGUUCGAGAGAGACGUCUUCAGGACAGUGGCAGAACAUUUUCAGAGAUUGAAAGAGCCACUUUUGACUUUCCAUCUGUAUGAAAUAUUUGUCAGUAUUUUGGGGCUUCUGCAGUCGGUUGCGGUUGAAGCGCUGCAGGUCUGCUGUCUCCUGCUGCCUCCAGCCAACCGUCGUAAACUCCAGCUGUUAAUGCGUCUGAUGGCUAAAGUCUGUGCCAACCCCUCUCUCCCCGCUCUGAAUGACACCAUAGGAGCUCGUACCCUGAUGGUCCAGACCUUCUCCCGGUGCAUUCUGGGAUCUGCGGAUGAGGUGGACUUGGACGAGCUGUUGGCCACCAAGCUGGUCACGUUUAUGAUUGAUAACCACGACUGUGUGCUGAAGGUGCCAUCCAACCUCCGUAAAUCUGUUGAGGAGCAUCUGUCUCACCUCAGAAGAGCUCAAAUAAAAUAUGCGGGUGCAGACAUGGACACCACCAUGGUGUCUUCACCUCACUCGUUCUGCAGACAGAUCAGCACAGAGGAGUUUGAGCAGCAGAGGGUCUCUGGAUCCGGAGCCAUUGUGGCACUACUGGAGAACAUCAUACAAGACAAGAACAUGUCCAUUAAAGACAAGAAGAAGAAGCUGAAGCAGUUCCAGAGAUCUCAUCCUGACAUCUACCGCAGACGCUUUCCCAACGCUGAAAGUGAGGCAGCGGUUUUCCCAGAGAGACCCAUGAGACUCAAACCUCAGCUGAUGUUCCUCACGCUGAAGAAACCCUUCCAGCCCUUCCAGAGGAGCUGGAGCUUUCGGGCUUGAGUCGGCGCUCAGAGUGGUCAGUCUGACACUAGGGCGACUGUGUAAGGUAUUAUUAUCAAGGAGAGAUGUUACUGAAUAUUAAUGGUUGCAUUCUGCUAGGACAUCCUGAAUCGAAAUAACACUAAAUUCACCUUGUGAGUGAUCAGAUGGAUUAAAUAAAGUAUGAUGCUGUGCAUUGAAAUCCCUUUAAAAAACAAGACACUACAGGCCAACACAUUUUUUCAUGCACUGACCAGUUUUGAGAUUUUAGUCUGUUUUGCUUUCGUUACAUGUCUACUUUUAGAAUAGUGGAAAGACAAAAUUUAAAAUACACAUUUAGGUGUUUAUUUUAUUACACUAUAUCUAUUUGCAUCUGUAGAUUUCAAUUACAGUACAUAUCUGUAAUGGCAUGGGUUUUGUCUGGGUGUUGUUGACAGUAUUUUCUGAUUUAUGGAGUGAUAAAAUGAGAAAUCUAAAAUCCCUUCUAUAAAAACCUUUAAUAUGUCAAAAAAAAAACCUUCUAUUUUGGAAGUUGUUCAAAUGAGUGCAUAUUUUAUUAAAUAAUACUUCAUUUAGACGUAACAUUU